GGGUCGCGGGGCGGGGCCAGCGUCGGUGGCCGCCGCCUCUGCUCAGCCGUCGUCCCUCAGCCCGCGUCAGCCCGCGUUCCUCCUCCGGGUGCUAGGGCGUGGCCGGCUUCGAGUCCGCGGGCGCGGUCCGGGACGCCGAGGAUGGCCCUGGGCGAGGAGCCGGCCGCGGGCGCGCCGGAGGACGGGGCGGAGGACGAGGCGCUGGCCCGCGGCGGCGCCCUCGAGGCGUUCGGCGAGGGCGCGGAGGUCCGCGCGCUGCUCGGCCGCCUGUGGAAGGUGCUCGGCGACCGCGCGGCCCGGGAGGGCGCCCUGGAGCGGUUCCGAGUAAUAAUGGACAAAUACCAGGAGCAGCCUCAUCUGUUGGACCCACACCUUGAAUGGAUGAUGAACUUGUUGUUGGAUAUAGUGCAAGAUAAGACAUCUCCAACUGACCUCAUACAUCUGGCUUUUAAAUUUCUUUACAUCAUCACGAAGGUUCGAGGAUAUAAAACAUUUCUUCGUUUAUUUCCUCAUGAAGUAUCCGACGUCCAGCCUGUUUUAGAUAUGUUUACAAAUCAGAAUCCCAGAGACCAUGAAACUUGGGAGACCCGCUACAUGCUUUUACUGUGGCUCUCUGUGACUUGCCUGAUCCCUUUUGAUUUUUCACGCCUUGACGGGAACCUCCUCACUCAACCUGGGCAAAUGCGAAUGUCUGUAAUGGACCGUAUUCUCCAAAUAGCAGAGGCCUACUUGGUUGUCAGUGACAAGGCCCGAGAUGCCGCUGCUGUCCUUGUGUCCAAGUUUGUCACACGGCCUGAUGUCAAGCAGAAGAAGAUGGCAGGUUUCCUGGACUGGAGCCUGCACACCUUGGCCCGCUCCUCCUUCCAGACCAUCGAGGGGGUCAUUGCCAUGGAUGGCAUGCUACAGUCCCUGGCACAAAUAUUUAAGCAUGGAAAACGUGAGGACUGUUUACCCUAUGCUUCCACCGUUCUCGAGUGCCUAGAGGGCUGCAGGCUCCCCGACAGCAACCAGACCCUGCUCCGCAAACUUGGGGUGAAGCUCGUGCAGCGGCUGGGACUGACGUUCCUGAAGCCCAGGGUAGCGAAGUGGAGGUAUCAGCGUGGCUGCCGCUCGUUGGCUGCUAACCUGCAGCGCUGCGCCCAGAGUCAGCAAGAGUUGAUGGCGCACGUGGAGACUCCCGACAGCGACGGAGACUAUGACAUCCCCGAGGAGGUGGAGAGCGUGAUAGAGCGGCUGCUGGUCGGGCUGAAGGACCAGGACACGAUUGUGCGGUGGUCUGCUGCCAAAGGAAUUGGUAGGAUGGCUGCAAGGCUUCCCAAAGAGCUGGCGGAUGACGUGGUUGGGUCUGUGUUGGAUUGUUUCAGUUUUCAGGAGACGGACAACGCCUGGCAUGGUGGCUGUCUGGCGUUGGCGGAACUGGGCAGAAGAGGCCUGUUGCUCCCUUCCCGACUCAAGGAUGUUGUCCCUGUGAUCCUGAAGGCGCUGACCUAUGAGGAGAAGCGGGGUUCCUGCAGCGUGGGCACCAACGUUAGAGACGCCGCCUGCUACGUGUGCUGGGCCUUUGCGCGUGCCUACGAGCCCCAGGAGCUGCAGCCCUUCGUGGCCGCCAUUUCCAGCGCUCUGGUGAUUGCCACAGUGUUUGACCGAAACAUAAACUGCAGGAGAGCAGCCUCUGCUGCUUUCCAGGAGAAUGUGGGAAGACAGGGCACUUUCCCUCACGGAAUCGAUAUUUUGACUGCAGCGGACUACUUUGCUGUUGGCAACAGAGCUAACUGUUUCCUGGUUAUAAGCACGUUUAUUGCCGGCUUUCCUGAGUACACACAGCCAAUGAUAGACCACUUGGUGACCAUGAAGAUCAACCACUGGGAUGGAGUCAUCAGGGAACUGUCUGCGAAGGCUCUGCAUAACCUGGCCCAGCGAGCUCCUGAGUACAGCGCCGCUCACGUUCUCCCACGUCUGCUGUCGAUGACGCAGAGUCUGGACCUGCACACGCGGCACGGAGCUGUGCUUGCCUGUGCGGAGGUCGCCCGCGGCCUGUACAGACUCUCAGUACAAGAGGACAGGCCCGUCGCAGACUACCUGGAUGAAGCGGCAGUGCAGGGCCUGAAGCAGAUUCACCAGCAGCUUUAUGAUCGUCAGUUAUACAGGGGUCUUGGAGGAGAACUCAUGAGACAAGCAGUGUGCAUUUUAAUAGAAAACUUGUCCCUUUCCAAGAUGCCUUUUAGAGGUGACGUCGUAAUCGAUGGUUGGCAGUGGGUGAUAAAUGACACACUGAGAAAUCUCCAUCUUAUUUCAAGUCAUUCUAGACAACAGAUCAAGGAAGCGGCUGUCUUGGCCCUGGCUGCUCUCUGCAGCGAGUACUACGCCCUGGAGACCGGGGAGGCGGAUCCCGCCAGGCAGGAGGAGCUGAUACGGCAGUAUCUCGCUGACCUGCAGAGCCCGGAGGAGACGGCUCGCUGUGGCUUCUCUCUGGCCCUGGGCGCCCUCCCACGCUUCCUCCUGAAAGGCAGGCUGCAGCAGGUGCUGGCAGGCCUGGGGGCCGUGACUGUCAUUCGUCCUGAGAACGUGAGCUUUGCCGAGUCCAGGCGGGACGCUCUGAAGGCGAUCUCAAGGGUUUGCCAGACGGUUGGCGUGAGGGCAGGAGGGUCCCCAGACGAGGUUGUGUGUGAAGAGAACGUCUCCCAGACUUACCGCACCCUGCUGGGCUGUCUGCACGACUACACCACCGACAGCCGUGGGGACGUGGGCGCAUGGGUCCGUGAGGCCGCCAUGACCAGUCUGAUGGACCUGACGCUCCUGCUGGGGAGGGAGCAGCCAGAGCUGAUCGAGGCCAGUGUCUGUCAGCAAGUCAUGUGUCAUGUGGCCCAGCAGGCGAGUGAGAAGAUUGACCGGAUCCGCGCGCACGCCGCCCGCGUCUUCAUGGCUCUGCUGCACUCUCACGGCUCUCCCGUCCCACACGUGCCCCACCGAGGAGAGCUGGAAAAGCUCUUCCCCAGAUCCGACAUGGCCUCCGUGAACUGGAAUGCGCCGUCCCAGUCCUUCCCUCGCAUCACCCAGCUCCUGGGGCUGCCCACCUACCGCUACCAUGUCCUGCUGGGGCUGGCCGUGUCCGUGGGCGGCUUGACCGAGUCGACGGUCAGGUACUCAACGCAGAGCCUCUUUGAGUACAUGAAGGGGAUUCAGAAUGACCCACAGGCUCUGGAGGGCUUCGGGGGGACCCUCCUGCAGGUCUUUGAGGACAACCUUCUGAAUGACAGGGUGUCUGUGCCGCUGCUGAAGACGCUGGACCAGAUGCUCGCCAACGGGUGCUUCGACCUCUUCACCGCGGAGCAGGACCACCCCUUCAGUGUGAAGCUGCUCGCGCUUUGUAAGGAGGAAAUCAAGAAGUCCAAGGACGUGCAGAAACUGCGGUCUAGCGUCGCGGUGUUCUGUGGGAUGGUGCAGUUCCCGGGCGACGUGAGGAGGAAGGUGCUCCUGCAGCUGAGCCUUCUGCUCUGCCACCAGUUCCCCGUGAUCCGGAAGACCACGGCUAGCCAGGUGUACGAGAUGCUGCUCACCUACGGUGACAUCAUGAGUGAGGACGUCCUUGAUGAGGUCAUGACUGUGCUGGGCACCACGGCCUGGGACGCGGAGCUCCCGCUCGUGAGAGGCCAGCGGAACCGCCUGUGUGACCUCCUUGGCGUGCCCAGACCUCAGCUGGUCCCCAAGGUAACCAACCGCAUGGCCCUCGGCCCUGUGAGACCCGGGGGCCCUUCCCACGCGAGCCACCAUUCUGAGCUUGAGUCUGGAACGUUCUGGGUUGUACUGACCGGCGGUGUUUCCCCACCCCGCCAGCCCCUCGCGUGCUUUGCCGGCUCCUCCUCAAAGGCUCCCGCCUGCCUUGUCCCCACCAGGCACGUGUCAGGUGUGUCCUGUGGGCACGACAUCCAGGACAGGCCCUCUGCCUGGCAGGUGGCUGUCCUGUGCUGCCAGACCUCAGCGGAGUUGGCAGCAACCGAGCUCGCUCCUCUCACAAGAGGUCCUCAGUGCCGCUGUCUGGUUUCCACCAUCACCAUCUCCCCGGACACUCGUCCUCUCCGGGGACUUUGUCACCCCCCGAGUCUCCAGGGCUGCCCAGUGAGGUGUUAGUCUUUUCCACGGUGUUGGUGUGUGCACAUAGAUGCAGUUUUCUGAGCUCGCAGGGCCCCGAGCUGUCCUUCCAGGUUCUGCGUGGCUGUUGGUAGAUUUUAGGCUCUUGCGUGUGUGCUUGCAGGGGAUCAGGGUGGACUCACGCUGUGGGCUCCACUGGAGCUCCAGUGCAGGGCACAGCCGUGUGUUCUCUGAAUGCUGGGCUCGGAGGCGGUUCCUCGGCCCCACGGCGCUCCUCAUCUGCCUCGCUGGCCAUAUUCCCCUGGACCUGGGUUGGAUCCCUGACUGCUUUUGAGCUUUUACUGAGCAAGAACAUCCAUACAGAAGUGAGCGCUGUCCAGCUCUGCGCACACGAGGGACGAGCACCUGGCUCAAGGGUGGAGCCUCCUGGGCUGGCUGCUGCUGCUGGGCUGGAGGGUUGCUGCCCAGGUGCUGGCGGGCAGGUUCCAGAACGUGCUUGCACUGCAUGUGCUGUGCGUUGUGGUUGUUGGCGUGUGCGUCCCCUUCUGUGCUUUUUCUGGGCUGUCUGAUGCAUAUGGGCUCUGGACCUGCGUCUGCAGGCUCUCCCCCUCUGGGGGCAGCUUUCUCAUCCUUAGGUUUCAUGGGUUCCAACUUACCCUUUUUUCCCUUUCUGUUCUGUUUCAUGGGCCUGUUUAAGGUCCUUACCGAUUCUAAGGUUGUGUCUCCUCCGUGUUUCUUAAAGCUUUAUUGUUUCGUCUCCUACAUUUAGAUUUGAGGCUACUCUGGACUGGCGUUUGCAUGUGGUGCUGGGGAAAGGCCAGCAGAUGCGUCUUCCGUGCGCAGUCCCUGCAGCUCCAUCCUGGCCAAAGUUGGGCCACACGUGGGGCUCUCCUCUUGGGUCCCCUGUAAGCCAGACACAGGCGGGUCUUGUGGGAUGUCGUGGUGCUCACGUGACUCCAUCUCCAGUUUUAUUUUCCUAAGACCAUCUUGACUCUUGGCCCUUAGGGUUUCAGAAACCCCUGCAGAAUAGUCUCGUCAGUUUGCACCAUGGAACCAGCCAGGCAUUUGGCCGAGGGUGGCUUGGAGCCUGCGGGUCCACCUGGCAAGGACCGAUGUCUGUGAUGCUGAGGCUUGCAGCCUUGAGCACUCAGGAGCGCUUUGUGCUUUAUGGAUUGGAGAAGGGAUGCCACACUGUUCCAGCUCUUGGAAUUGUUCAUUUUUCCUUUCUUUUCUCUCUUGGCAUUUCGAUUUGGGAAGUUUCUAUUGACCAAUCUUCAGGUUGACGGAUUCUUUCCCUGAUGAUGUCUAGUCUUCAUUUCUGUUACUGUGUGAUUUCUGGCAUUUCCUUUGACUCUUCCUUAGACUUUCUGCCUCUGCUUUCACUGCCCGUCUGUCCUUGGUGGCACCCACUUUCCCCAUCAGAGCUCCUGGCACAUUAACGAGAGUUGUUUUAAACCCCUCUGGUCAUUCCAACUCUGCACGUCUGAGUCUGGUUUUGGUACCAUCUCUCCCAACUGCUUUUUCUUGCCUCUUAGCACAUUUUGUAAGUUUUUCUUGAAAGCCAGACAUGUUGUGCCGGUAGCAGGAACUGAGGCAGCUGGGCCUCAGGCCUGUGAAGGUCUGUUUGUCUGGCAGGGGCCCCUGUGUGUUUGGAACUGCAGCAGCCUCCAGACCUUUGAACUUCUCCAGCACGUCGUGCCCUUGCCUGGGGCGUCCCUGCACUGUCCCCCUCCGAGGGGUGCUGGUCUGGGUGCUCUUUGAGAGCGGACCCAUGGCCAUGACCCUGGAGUCCUGCUGGAGAGGUGGCAGGAUGUGGGGCAGUUUGCAGUCAUCUGAGCAAACCUCAGCCUUGGGCUCCCUGCCGUUCCCCUGUAGGUAUCAUGGGCUCAGGCCUGUCCCCUGGACAGGAGACCCUCGUGCUGGAGACGCCCAGGUGCGACUCACAGCAGUCAGCUGCCAGAGUGCAGGGGGCUUUCCAGGUUUAUGACCAGGUGAACCUGCGGGCUCCCCCCGAGAUGGCACCCCCAGAGUCUUGCCCUCCUGCUAGCUCACACCUGCCUCCGGCAGCUUGUCGAGUUGGCACUCAGGCGUGCCUUCCGCUCUGCGGUGAGCUCAGCAGCCUCUGCUCCAGGCCAAGUCUGCAUUUGUCCAUCUCCGCGUUAGGGGGGCUCCACUCUGGUGAGGCUGCGAACAUGCGGCUGUUCCCCGAAUGCCCUUAGGGCUUCCCAAACCUGCCUGCCCGCUCCUUGUUCUGACGUCUCGGCGUUGCGGUAUGUCGCAAGUGACGGCACUGGGUGCCCGUGGGCUUAAGUUUAUGCCACCGUCUUGGUGACCUGACCAUCACUUGGAAAUACGCUGCCUGUAAGAAUGCUCUGUGCCCUCCAGUCUGCUUUGUCUGAUGGCAAAGCGGCCACACUGGAUUUUUGGUUGUCGUUUACACGUUUUCCUUUCUGUGUUUUCUUACAUUUAAGUGGACUGCUUAUAAAUGAUAAUUAGGUCUUAUCUGUUUUUAAUCUACUUUAAUUAUCAACUCGUUGGAGUGUUUUGUGUCCUCCUACUUACCGUGUGAUUACGAUUCAGUUGGGUUUACGGCUGCCAUCUUUGAUUCUUGUCUGAUCUCAGUUUUCCUGCGGGUGGGUCUUCCAGUGAGGACCGCGGGUGCCCGGCGGCGUGAAGGGAGGGUGGCACCAGCCGCCGUCCCAGCACGUGACCCCCUGCCAGCCUUCCGAGCAGCCUCUUUCCUGCGUCCUGUCAGCUCUUCAGUCUUCCGUCCUCCGGGCACCUGGAAUCACACUGUUAUUUCUGGGAUGGUUUUCCUGCUCCCCCCUGGUUCCGCAUGUUGUGGUGGCUGUGCCUGUCUUCUCUCGGGUCCCCCGGGUGGCACCGUGAGGAGUGGGGACGGCAGGCCAAGCGCAACAUGGGCUUUCCAACUAAACGUGCCGUGUAUGCUUUUAUCAGGAAAAUCUGAUGCACGGGUAGAUGAAAAUGGGGGGUGGGGUACCGGGGACCUCCCUGCUGCUCCCCGGGUCGUGUCGGCCACGGGGCUCGGGGGGGCGGUACUGACCUUGUGCUGUGUCCCCCACAGCCUGGCACCUGCUGAGGCCCCCCCGCCCACCCAGCAGAGAGGAGGAGCCCGACGAUGGUCAGCACGAGACAUCUGGACGCGGCGCUGAGGGACUUGGAGAUCGUCCCCACAGCAGUGGCUUUUCCUCACACGUGUCCUGGGGUGUUGGUGCUUUUGUCUUCAUGUCCUUGGGAACCCCCGUCUAUAAAAUCGUAUCCUAAGCA